GGUGCUGCGCUUCUUCGACAACUUACGAAGUAGUCAUUCAAAGCUAAGGUCCUGGGCAAUGCCUAGGGCUCUGAGGGGCAGAACUGACAGAACUAGGAAGAUGCGGUCAAGCAGUCUCACCCCAAGUUCAAAGCAGAGUGACUGCUCCGGCAUGAAGGUUACUGACAAACCUCCUUGCAUCUGAGGAUCAGAAGGGACAGAAUGAGGACAACGGAGGCUGCACUUAGUUACAGUGCCAUGUGACAACCGAUCUAAAAGCGAUUUAAACCAAGUUUAACAUCCUAAAUAGAAGUGGCGUGUGCCCCUUCAAAUUAUGUGUAUGUGAGGUAAAAUGGGCCGCAAAUGUCUCGAGGAUGGGGUAGAUUUUUGGUCCCAUCUGUUGCCCCCUCUAACUAUUGCAGUGACACCAAAGAUUAGAUCAGUCUGAACAUGGCUACUAGAAUCUAACAGCAAUGAAAGUUUGGGUCCUUUCCCUCUGCAAAGUUCUUAGUAUACUCAGCUUUUUCCUUAAAUCAACUGAGCUGGGAGGGAAAGGAGGUAGAGACACUCAUUGUCAGUAAGCAAGGCUUUUUAACUUCCAAGCAGCUACCUGCUCAGGCUCAAUAAAAACUAGAUUUCUGCCCAAAUUUCUGUAUCUUCAUUGCUGACGCCAUUUAUUUGAGCUUUGGGCACUCUGACUCAGCAGCCACCCCCAUUCUCCCUUUCAGCUGGGGACCUUGGGCUUGCCACCCCACUGGCGCUCAUUCUUGCGCUGGACCAAUGACCAAAUGUCAUGGAAUGAAGAGUAUGCUUAAGUCAUGGCUCACCUUCAAGAGAAAAUGUAUGGGUAGAUGCUCUGAAGUCAAAUUAUAUCAGAUUUAACAUGGCGUUACUGAUUGCAUUUUGCCCCCCUUUGAUUCUAACCUCAUUUGCACACAUUUUGAACACACCACGUUAUGACUAAGAAGUAAUCCCCUUUAAAAUAAGGUGAAAGUUAGAAUCUGAAUUCAACUUCACUACAUCACAACCCCAUACAAGGAAUUUUAUACCUCUCCACAGCUUAGUAAUUUUCUCAACGCUAAAAUACUUUCUGUCCUCUGCAUGAAUGCAUUGGAACGGAGGUCUAGGGAUGUUCCUAUCCUGCCUGUACUUCCUCACACUUGCUGCAACUCAGGGCACAGUACUAAUAAUUGACUUUGCCUCCCACCUAUCGCAUUUAGGAGGGGCAGCGGAGCGCGGGCGACGGACUGCCAACUUCGCCUUAUAUUCUAAUGGCAAUUGACCUUUCAACGACCGCGGGGGGAAGACGGUCAAAGUCUCUUCCGGGAUUUUCCAAGAAUCUCGCCUUAACGAAACCGAGGCGCAAUUUCCCGUGGCUUGCAGUUUCCAGCAGGGAGGAUAAAUCUGACCACUCAAGUCCAACUCUCUGACCCUUUGGGAAAUGUCCAGGAGUUAGGAAACGCAUCGCCGUGGUCUCUCCAGCCUAUUUGCCUCGCCCCACGAAGAGCUGCGCAUCAGCGGUUCCGGCAACCCCGGAGAGAUCUCGGAGAGAGCGGGGCCGCGCACAGUGUGGGGAUUGGAAGACGCUCCCGCCGCUCCUUCCCGGCCCCAGGCGGCGCAGGGGAGUGCGCGUGCGCGCUGGGCGGACGGUUCCGGAGACGACGUUCCCAGCCGCCCUCCGUCUCCCGCGACACCAUGAAGACCGCCGAAGACGACAGAGGAGCGUGCAGCGAGGGGCCCCGGGAGAUAGGCCUUUGCCUUCUCUGCGGCCUGCCGGGAGCAGGAAAAUCGACCUUCGCCCGGGCCCUCAGCCAUCAGCUACGCCUGGAGCGGGGCUGGGCCGUCGGCGUCGUCACCUAUGACGACGUCAUGCCGGACGCGUUCUUGGAGGAGGCGAGCGCGCGGCCAUUGCCAUCCCAGUGGAAGUUGCUUCGACAGGAACUGUUGAAGUACCUAGAAUACUUCUUGAUGGCUGUCAUUAAUGGGUGUCAGAUGUCUGCCCCACCCAACAGGACUGCUGCCAUGUGGGAGGAUUUUAUAAUCUGCUUAAAGAAUCAAGAUUUGGUAUCUUCUGCCUCGCUGGAGACCCAGUCUUGCUACCUCUUAACGAAGACUGCUGUUUCUAGACCUUUGUUGUUGAUUUUAGAUGACAACUUUUAUUAUCAAAGUAUGAGAUACGAAGUCUAUCAACUGGCUCGGAAAUAUUCAUUAGGCUUUUGCCAGCUCUUUUUAGAUUGUUCUCUCGAGACCUGUUUACAGAGGAAUGGCCAGAGACCCCAGGCAGUGCCUGCCGAGACCAUCCACCUGAUGGCAAGAAAGAUAGAAAAGCCCAACCCUGAGAAAAAUGCAUGGGAACACAACAGCCUCACGAUUCAGAGUACACCGUGUUCUUCUGAGGCCAGCCUGAAGGUGACUGAUUUAUUGCUUACUGCUUUGGAAAAUCCAGUAAAAGAUAUUGAGGACAAUGUGGAACAAAAGGAGACAGACAGAAUUAUCUGCUCGACUAACGUUCUGCAUCAGGCUGACCAGACGCUCCGAAGGAUUGUCUCGCAGACGAUGAAGGAAGCAAAAGAUGAACAAGUGGUUCCUUUCAACUUGAAGCUUCUAGCAGAAGAACUCAACAAGCUCAAAGCAGAGUUUUUGGAGGACCUAAGACAUGGAAACAAAAAAUACCUGUGCUCCCAACAAACCAUCCACGUAUCAGAUGUUAUUUCUUUUUUUCAUUAUGAGAAAGAUAACAUUGUCCAGAAAUAUUCUUCAAAGCCGCAUUAAAACUUCUGAACUUCCAAUCAAAUAUCUGAUUUUGGUUAAGAUUUUGCAAACUAAGGGGCGCCUGGGUGGCACAGCGGUUAAGCGUCUGCCUUCAGCUUAGGGCGUGAUCCCGGCGUUAUGGGAUCGAGCCCCACAUCAGGCUCCUCUGCUAUGAGCCUGCUUCUCCCCCUCCCA